ACGUCGGUCUGACUUUACCAGGCGAGCUGCAGACUGUCGGUCGAUCUGACCUGACGGCGGAUCUGACGGGAGGCAUAUGGCGUUUUUACUUGGUUUAGCCCCGGGCUACCUAAGGAGGCACCCUGGAAGAACCCAGAGAACCGCGGAUAUCUACGCGGCAUGGAUGCUUUGUGACCAGCGGCAGGUGUGAAGAGAUGCCGGGGGAGCCACCUUCGGGACCUGGCCAGGUGGUGCUAGUCAAGAAGAUCAUCAUGAAGGACGGAGAUGCGGGUAUUGGCAGGCCCAGUGUGUAUCAUGCGGUGGUGGUGAUUUUCCUGGAGUUUUUCGCCUGGGGAUUACUUACAACGCCCAUGCUCACUGUUUUACAUGAAACAUUUCCCCAGCACACAUUCCUGAUGAACGGCCUAAUUCAGGGCGUGAAGGGUCUGCUGUCAUUUAUGUCUGCUCCUCUGAUUGGUGCCUUGUCGGACGUGUGGGGCAGACGGACCUUCCUGUUGGUCACCGUCUUCUUCACCUGCGCUCCGAUCCCUCUGAUGAGGCUCAGCCCAUGGUGGUACUUCGCCAUGAUCUCCAUGUCUGGAGCUUUCUCUGUCACCUUCUCAGUCAUCUUCGCCUACGUUGCUGAUGUGACGGAUGAAAGAGAGAGGAGUACAGCCUACGGUCUGGUAUCGGCUACUUUCGCAGCCAGCCUGGUAACAAGUCCAGCCAUUGGAGCAUAUCUGUCAGCCUGGUACGGAGACAACCUGGUGGUGCUGGUGGCCACACUGAUUGCUCUGGUUGACAUCUGCUUCAUCCUAUUGGCUGUGCCCGAGUCUCUGCCGGACAAGAUGAGGCUCAACACCUGGGGGGCGCCCAUAUCCUGGGAGCAGGCUGACCCCUUCACUUCUCUGCGGAAGGUGGGUCAGGACCCAGCAGUCUUACUGAUCUGCAUCACUGUGUUCCUGUCUUACCUGCCGGAGGCCGGACAGUACUCCAGCUUUUUCCUCUACCUGAGACAGGUGAUAAAUUUCUCCUCCACAACCAUCGCUGUUUUUAUUGGAGUGGUGGGCAUUUUGUCCAUCAUAGCACAGACUCUCUUGCUCACACUGCUGAUGAGGACUCUGGGUAAUAAGAACACUGUCCUGUUGGGUUUGGGCUUCCAGAUCCUUCAACUGGCCUGGUACGGCUUCGGAUCAGAGCCAUGGAUGAUGUGGGCAGCUGGUGCUGUAGCAGCGAUGUCCUCCAUUACCUUCCCAGCUGUCUCUGCUCUGGUGUCACAGUCUGCUGAUCCUGAUAAACAAGGUGUGGUCCAGGGGAUGAUCACAGGAAUCAGAGGUCUGUGUAAUGGUCUGGGUCCAGCUUUGUACGGAUUCAUCUUCUUCCUCUUCAACGUCGAGCUCAACACCCUGGACCCCAUCCAGGGAGAAUUCAACAUCGACCCCCUGCCUCUGCAAAGUCCCACUGAGCGCGGCCUCAUCCCUGGCCCACCCUUCCUGUUGGGGGCAUGUAGCGUGGUCGUCGCCUUCCUCGUCGCUCUCUUUAUCCCUGAGAAACCUUCCUGCUCCUCCUCUCCCUCCCAGCUGUCCCUCAGCAACAACAAGCCCCAUCUGGAUAGCAAGGAGACAAUGUCCUCGCUGGCUGGUGUCCACAUCAACACACCCCUCCCGGGCAGCGACGAGGAGACCCCUCCCGCUGCCAGCAACGAGGACUUUGAGCCACUGCUGCAGGACAGUAUCGUUUGAUGGAUAGGUGGACCGACCACAGAGGGUGGGGCUUACAUAAUGGUUUGAUUGAUUGGCAUUUUGUAACAAAGAUGAAGACCAUUUCUUUGCUGCAGGGCAGAACUAAGUGUAUUUCUUUUUUGUCAGAAGAUUGCGAUUGACAGCAACAAGUUCAAAUAGCAUUGUUUCCUUGUCAGUAGGUGGUUCUGACAUGUUACUUCAGCUACCAGGAGCGGAGGCAGUAACAUAUUGUGAGUUACAAAUAUGAAUGUUUCUUUCACAAGGAUGCAGGAGCAAAGACCUGGAAUAAGAUGUCAUCGUGAUUUGACAGAAGAGACCAAGAUGAUUAUUUGACUGCCAGAAUGACGGUGGGGCCAACAGGGACAACACAGUUUAAAGGGAAACCAUCGUUUGAUUGACAAGAGGAGGGACUAACUGUGUUUUUUUAUGGAAUGGGUGUGUCCAGGUUUGGGAUACGUCCACAUAAAAAUCACCUGAAGGGAAAGGGUGAAGGGUAUUUUUGAAGUUUUUAAUGGAAGGAUUAUAGUUUAUCUUUAAGCUUGAAAUUUUUGAUUGAUUUUGUGAUAAAC